CCAUAGAUUAACGCUUUCCCGCCAAAAUCUUCUGCCUGUCAAUUUGAAAAUAAAUAGAAUUAAAAAAGGGAAAAUAUCAAUUUCAAGUAAUAAUAACAAUACAGAAAUUAUUUGAUUCAAAUAUUUCUUGAUAAUUAUCUAACCGACAUCGUACCUACUUAGUACAAAAUUGAUUAUUGAUCUAAAAAUGCCUAUUUCUCAUGUACCUUUUAGAUAUGCACAUAAUGAGGGACAUACUGAUAUUUGUUUUUCUGAAGAUGGACAAAAAUAUGUUACUUGUGGAUCUGAUGGAGACAUUCGAAUAUGGUCCCAAGAUUUAUAUGAAGACCCUGUUCACAACUGUGUGGGUGAAUGGGCCCUAGCCGUUAGGCAAAAAGGAAGCAAACUCUACAUUGCAACCAGCAAUAAUGACGUUCAGAUAAUCACAUUUCCUGAUGGAGACCGAGAAGGUGUACUCGAUAGAUUUGUUGCUCCAAUUAAUAAUAUUGCCAUAUCCAAAAGUGGUGAACUGAUUGCAUUAGCUGCCGAGCAAAUGGAAGUAAAGCUCAUUCAAUUUGAAGGAGAACAAAAAAAGAUUUCAAGUAUUGAGGGUACUGCUCCUUAUCUAAGUGUAGCAAUUUGUCCAACAGCAAAAUUGAUAGCAGCUUCUAGUGGGGAUGGCAAGCUUCGUAUAUGGAAUGUUUCAGAUAAAAACCUUGUUAAAGAAAUAAAUUGUUUCCCUAAAGUUAAUAGUUUCUCUAAUGCAACAGUUUUAUGUAGAAUUGAUUUUAAUCCAACAAAUGGCUGUCAACUUAGUUAUCCAGAUGGGUCAUCCGUUGUUGUUUUGAAUACUUCAGAUUGGUCAGAAGUUUGUACUUUGAGCUGUGAUGACGUUACAAAGCCAUUUUCUAUUGUUCAGUAUUCACCCUGCGGGAAAUAUUUGGCAGCAUCUUCUGUAGAUGGAGAUUUUGUUAUUUGGGAUGUUGCUGAAGAAAUUGUGCACAAUGUUUCUAAACACCCCAACGGAACUAGAGUAUCCGCAUUCGCUUGGAAUCCCUCAGGAUUGAAUCAAAUAGUUUAUACAGAUGUAGAAGGACAAUUGGGGGUGAUGUCAGAUUGUAUAAGUGAAAAACAAUCUGCAGAGAAAAGUGGUGCCGAGGAGGCUGAAAAUAACGAUGUAGAUUUUGGUGAUUAUCAGUUUGAAGAUGAUGAUGAAGACAAUGAAAAUGCUGUUUCAUUGGAAAAACUGAAAAAGCAAUAUGCUGAUGAUGAUGAACCGGAACUCCGGUCUGUUGCCUCUAGGAGUCCAACACCCAGACCUAGAACACCUGAAAUACCAUUACAACCAGCAUUUAUGCCGUCAUCGACCCCAACUCACCUAGAUCCAAGGUAUCUUUGUUGGAACGAAGUGGGCAUUGUUAGAGGAUACGGCAGUAUUUUGGAUGAAGAUGAAAGUACCUCAAAAUCAAUUGAGGUUGAUUUUCAUGAUUCCACCUUUCAUAGCAGUAUGAUGAUGCAAAACUUCCAAAAUUAUAUGAUGGGCUCUUUGAGUACAUCUGCACUUGUUGUAGCCAACUCUACUCAGAUCAAUGUUAUUCCACUUGCUUCCCGUACUAAGGAAUGGACUCUGACGAUGGAUGAUAAUGAAGAAAUUGUCGCUGUGGCUGCUUCAGAACAAUUAGUUUGCAUUGCUUUAGCAAAUUACAUCAUAAGAGUAUGCUCCCCUUUCGGUACCCAAAGAGCAGUGUUCUCAGUACCAGGACCUAUAGUCUGCGUAUCUGCAUUCAGGGAAGAUAUUUUAGUUGCUUAUCAUUCUGGGCCAGUGAGAAAUGGAGACCAAAAUAUUUGUUUCAAGCAUAUAAGAUUAGAUGCGAUGAGUUUCCAAGGACAAGAUUUGGGAGGUACUCUGGGACCCCAAAGUACUUUACUUUGGAUGGGAUUUUCAGAUUCUGGCACUCCAGGUGUUUUGGAUUCAUGCGGUUUGCUCCACAUGCAUCCAUUGCAUUGCAAUACAUGGAUUCCCUUUUGCAAUGUCAACAAACACAAAAAAGGGCUAUCUGAUGCAUUUUUCGUCACCGCCAUAUUGGAAUCGAACCAGACUUUGUGUGGUAUAAAAUGCAGGGGUACCAUGUACCCAGCUGUGACACCAAGGCCUACCAUGUGCGAAGUGCCACUUGAGGCACCAUUUGCAGAAAUGACAACUGAAAAGGGACAAAUGGAGAGUAGUAUGUUCACAUGGUCUGCCCUGGAAAUUCCCAAUACUGAAAAGAAGUUGAAAGAAACUGCUCUGAAAACUUUUGCGUUGGCAUGUAAAACGAAUUUAGAUCAGAGAGCCCAAGAAGUUAUGGAGAUACUGGCAAAUCCAGGCAUUAUCAAUUUAGCAAUUAAGUAUGCUUCUAAGUUGGAUAAGAAACGUUUAGUUGAAAGAUUAACGGAUCUAGUUGCAAGAUUAGCAGAUCAGGAGAGUGAAACUGCCACAGUGAAUGAUAAUGAAGUUCCUGAAACCAUAAAACCAGUUAAAAGACUGACUUUGAACAUGAAAAAUACUUCUCGAAAUCAGAUAACUAAUGGAAGUGAAGAAGUAAUGUCGAAAAAUCAAGAAACACACAACUCUUUACUAUCGGAUUCGAUGUCAAGUUCCAUAAAUGAUUCGAUGAAUUCAUCGAUAGUGUUGAAUUCACAGGAAUCUAUGGUCUUAGCGGAGGCUCCGAGAAAUCCAUUUUUGAAGAGUUUGAAAAAAACUAAACCUGUAGAUCAAAAUCCUUUGAGUUUAUUGGAUAGUAAAGCUGGAGUAAGCUUCAGCACGGAAAAACUGAAUGGCAGAAAAGAAGAGGCGGCAGAAAAGAGGAAGCAGCCUGAAUCUGAAACGGAAAAUCAGAAAGCUAAACAAAGGAAAUUGGAUCGUUUCAUGUUCGGUAAACGACAAUAAAAAAGAAAGCUGAACAAUUAUUUAAUAUUCACAAAUACUGUUUCCAACUAUUUUGUAACUUUUUACAUGGAUGUAAGUACGUUAGUUGUAAAUAUAUAUUUCUAUUUUUA